AGGAAUAUUUUUGAAAGUGUCUGAGUUUUCGGGAUUGCUGGAGGGCGGGCUGCACGGGGAACCACUGCGUUUACAGAGAUGCGAAACACCUGAUGAGCAGAGGCAGCCCGCGGGCUGCGCUCCUGCCGUGGAGCGGGGACUGCCCGGCGGGGAGCGAUCCCGAUCCCGAUCCUGGCCCCGGCACCGCCGCGGGCAGCGGCCCUUGGGCUGCGGCUGAUGCCGGCCCUGGCAGCUGGGGCGCGCCCCGCAGGCUCCUCCGAGCGGGGUCUUGCGCUGGGGAGCGCGGAGGGAGGGCGGGCUGAGAAGCGCUCCGGGGAGCAGCUGGGCACAAGAACGGAGCGGCCCGGGAGGCGUGGGAGGACGAUGACAGCAAAACCCUAGACUUUCCAUUUGUUGAGAAGUCUCUUGGAGUUACUGACGCUUUGGGCUCAUGGAAGCAAAGACCUGGAAGAGCAAUUGCGGUCUGUGUCCAGUGUGGAUGAGCUCAUGACAGUACUUUACCCAGAAUACUGGAAAAUAUUCAAAUGUCAGUUGAGGAGAGGAGGUUGGCAACACAACAGGGAGCACUCCAGCUUUGACACAAGAUCAGACGAUUCCCUGAAAUUUGCUGCAGCACACUAUAAUGCAGAGAUCCUGAAAAGUAUCGAUACUGAAUGGAGAAAAACUCAGUGCACUCCACGUGAAGUGUGUGUGGAUGUGGGAAAAGAGUUUGGAGCAACUACAAACACCUUCUUUAAACCCCCAUGUGUAUCCAUCUACAGAUGUGGAGGUUGCUGCAAUAGUGAAGGACUUCAGUGUAUGAAUAUCAGCACAAAUUACAUCAGCAAGACACUGUUUGAGAUCACAGUGCCGCUGUCCCACGGUCCCAAGCCCGUCACCGUCAGUUUCGCCAACCACACGUCCUGCCGGUGCAUGUCCAAGCUGGAUGUGUAUAGACAAGUCCACUCCAUCAUAAGACGUUCCUUGCCAGCAGCACAAACUCAAUGUCAUGUGGCAAACAAGACCUGUCCGAAAAAUCAUAUUUGGAAUAAUCAAAUUUGCAGAUGUUUGUCACAGCAUGAUUUUGGUUUCUCUUCUCACCUUGGAGAUUCUGACACAUCUGAAGGAUUCCAUAUCUGUGGACCAAACAAGGAGCUGGAUGAAGAAACCUGUCAGUGUGUCUGCAAAGGAGGCGUGCGGCCCUCGAGCUGUGGACCUCACAAAGAAUUAGACCGAUCAUCGUGUCAGUGCACAUGCAAAAACAAACUUAUCCCUGCAUCCUGCGGGCCCAACAAGGAAUUUGAUGAAGAAAAGUGCCAAUGUGUUUGUAAAAAGACCUGUCCUAGACAUCAGCCGCUAAAUCCUGCAAAAUGCACCUGCGAAUGUAUAGAAUCUCCCAAUAAAUGCUUCUUGAAAGGAAAAAGGUUCCAUCACCAGACAUGCAGUUGUUACAGACCUCCGUGUACAGUGCGGACGAAACGCUGCGACACUGGGUUUUACUUCAGUGAAGAAGUGUGCCGUUGCGUACCUACAUAUUGGAAAAGACCACUUAUGAAUUAGCCAAGAGAGCACUACUUGCUACGUUGGUGUACAUUUUUCCAUUAGAACAAAAGAACAACAGAAACUUUGCCAAUAUUUGGAAUUAAAUGUUCACCAGAGACCCUGUGGGGCUUUCAGAGACAGACUCAUGCUUUUCUCAAGACGUGGAAAGCAAAUGUAGAAAACAACUGGGGUUCAUGUUUUGUAAAGAACUCAAUAAGGACUUGUUUUCUGUCAAUGACCAAAUGCCUAGGUUCUCCUUCUUGUGAUUUUUUUUAAGAGAUAAUGACUAUAUAAUUUAUUUCCACUAAAACCAUUGUGCAGCAUUUCUGUUUAUAGCAGUAACAAUUGUUAAAGCUCACUGUGAUCAAUAUUUUUAUAUCAUGCAAAGUAUGUUUAAAAUAAAAUGGAAAUCAUAUUAUAUAAUGGUGAGAAUGUUUAAUCAUCUGCCUGAAAAAGAACUCAGAUUCAGCUCUAUUUUCUGGAUUCUUAACAGGGAAAGUAGCAGUAAGGAAAAAGCACUUUUGUGAAAGAAGACUGCAGACAUUUUCUUGUACCUGUUGUGUUUGCCAUUUGGUAGAGUUACACUGAGGGUUUUGUGAGCCAAUGUGUCUCUAGAAUGAAGCCAUUCUGUCACUAGAAUGAAAGUAGCAAAGAAGGCACAAGGAGAACAUUGGAGAUUCUGUACAUUGCCCAAGUAUGAGGACUAUAUUUAAAGCACAGCAGCAACUACUCGCAUUCCAAUAUAGUUAUCUCCUAUUUUCUUUCUUGGGAUCAUUCCCAAGGAAAAGUAUAAAAUUACGUCUGGUCAAGAUUACUGGCAUGCAAGUUGAAAUACCAAGAUUGGUUUUUAUUUAGUGUUACAGGCUACAUUAUAAAUUUUACAGCUAAAUCUUUCAAAAUGCUUUGAUGAGUUUACCCUUACAUAGUCAAUCUGAUCUCUUGAUCAAUGUAUACAGAUGCAAAUAUAUUUUGAAGGGCAAAAAAUUUAUUCCAAUGGGGACAUGAAAGGACUUAUACCAGUCUGCUGUGGAUUGACACAGUCUCUACAUUAAAAAAGUCUCUUUCAGAAAAUAUGAAAUCAAACAUCUACAAUUUCAAAACAAGGUAAAACUAUUGGGAAAGAAUGCAGGGCAACCUUCUAAUUGAGUGAUGAAAUAAUAAGAUCAAAUGGACCAGGUUGUUCUAUCAUUGAUUACUGAAGAAGGGAAGAGCUAUGUUUACUCAGGAGUAUUUUACCUGAAAACUCCAGGUUUCAAAGAGUGGUACUGUUUGUGUGAGAAACACCAGUAUCUUCACAAGAGCAGAGCAACAAUCUCCCUUCUGGCUCAGUUGGCUUCAUGAAUCCUUCUCUAUGGAAUCUCAUAACCCCACAUCUGUACACAUCUUGCUAAAAAGUAUCCAAAAAAAUCUGUAUUGUGAUCCAGAAAAGGGGAGCUGAUUGCCUUUGAACAACAGGACGAGAGACAGUGAGGAAAAAUAUUGCAUAACAGUUCUGGAUCUGUAAUAAAACCAUCUGUCCCCAUUCCCCCAAGGGUGCUAGAAUUGUAGCUCAGUAAGGCUAUUUGUUUUCUUCCCAUUGCUUUCUAUUGAAAUUAAUUAUUUCGGUCAAUUUAUAUGAAGAAAUAAGUCUUGAAUUCUAACAUGCUUUAAUUGGGAAAUGAUUCCCAGGCAGAAUUUAAAUACUUACAUCCAAGUCAAGCAAAAAGAUGCUUAAACUAUGGCAUAGCUCUUGGUGACCUCUCACAAUUAUGUCCUUUUUUCAAUGACUGAUCAAGAGAGUAUCUAUGUUCUUGGUUUUUCUUUUUUAAGAAAUGGAAUAUUAGCAUAAAAGUAUAGAAUAUAGCUGUUUUUUCUAAAUAUUAACAACGGUUGCUAAAUCCUACAGAUGUAUUCCAAUAACUGCUUAUAAAUAAAGCUUAUAUAAUGUAUCUCCAUAUAAAUAAAUAAAUAAAUAAAUAAAUAUGAAGUAUAUAUACAGUUAACUAGAGUGAAAAUAAUCAGAGAGAUUGUGGAGGGUGGUCUGGGGUAAAACUGUUGUUUUGAACACCUUCCUAUUUUGCUAGAUAAAAUACCAUUACAGAUACAUACAAAAAUAAAAUUGCAAGGAAUAAAAAAUCUCUUUCCAGGUACCAUAGUGCCCUUACAAUUAAGAAUGAUAAUUUUAACCUAAGAAAAUAAAUGAUCCCUCUGCUAGGUCUUAGAGAAGUUAAUUUCAGAGACUGCAGCAGUUUGCAAACCUUUUCAAGUGUGUCCCAUGACACAUGAUCUCCUCAGUACAUAUUAUGAAUGACUUACAGACAAUAGGGGUUUUUCCCUAUUGUUAUAUAAUGGGCAAGAGAACAUAUGUUUAGCUUUUUAUAAGAAAUUAUAUUUUAAGUAGUAUUACUUGAAAUGAAUUUUAUGUAAAAUGGUACAUCAAGUCUCUCUGAAUUCCUCUCACUUUUUUGCUUCACCACUUAAUUUCUCAUGCAAUCUCUCUGUAGGGAUUUCUCUCCCAGCAUUGUUUCUGUAGUUGUUUGUUAAUUCCCUAUUCAUCUCCUCACUUCUGAAACUGAGACCAACUGCUGUUUGCCCCUGGAUCGCACCACAGCCAGUUUUGGAGCAUCCAGCAUCUUGGAUACUUUCUCUGUCUACAGUGAUAGAUAGCUGUGAAUGUGGCAUCACAUAGUUUCUCUCCUAAUGAAGCAGCUCAGACCCAAAAUUGAGCACAGUGAUUUUAAACUUCAGAUGUUUACACUGCAGGACAUUUAGCAUCUCCUCUAAUAAGACUCACCUUCUCUUUCAUAAGAUGUGGUAAUGAAAAUAUCAGUCUUCUCACUAUUCUACAUACAGCUUCUCCUACAGCACUUUGAAUUAGUUAUUGAGCAAGGGAGAUGAAACUCUUAAUUCUGGUCUCUGUAGCAAAUUUCCAAAUUUGUGCAGGUGGAUAAGAAAAGUGCUCUGCUGAAGGCAGUUUUGCCUUUCCAAUUCAUUUUAUGUGCUAGCUGCACACCAGUUACAACUGAAGGCUGAAUGUUAUGCCACUGGGCAUAAAAUUCUGAUUAAAAUGACAUGAUUGAAAUGAUUAUAUAGGCAUAGAUACACUGACAAAUUAGUAAGUAAUUUUGGUUCUGUUAAGCAAAUGCACAAAUAUUUCUGAGCUCAUUUACUUCCCGAGUACAAACUUGUAUAGUAGUUGCUUACACUAGGUGUGUAAUUCCAGCUGCUUUUCCACACAGCGUGGUGAAACUGUAAAACUUGUGGAUGCAAACAGGAAAAAUGAUUACUUUGGAUCAAAGCCCUCCACAUUUUUUUUCUGUGGUAGGAACAUUGGAAAAUUAUGUGAUGUUAUACUCCAUUCAUUAGUAUCACGUUUGCUCAGUAGUCAAGUAACCACUUGUUCCUAAGUGGAUGACUGUGCCAGCAGCAUUUCUGGACAUAAAUUAAAUGUAUAUUUGACACUUAGUUCUGCAUCACUUAGAAUGCUUUCCAGAAAUAUUUUAAAUAGUAAGUCUAGGAAUGCUAAUUAUGCAUCAUUCAGCAUUACAAAACAUAUUUUUCAGCAAUUACUGUCUUUAAAUAUUUAAUCCAGUUUUCCCCAAUAUUUAGAAUAGGAAAUAACUGAACAAUCUCAUUUCCAGCUUCAAAGUAUUGGCAAAAAUAAAUUUAAAAAAAAAAGCUGCCUCCAAGAUAUUAUAGGGCAAUAUCAGUCCAACCCAGAUAUGUGCCCAGUUGGCUCCAGAGAAACCUUCUAAUUGGUUAAAGCACUUCAAAAGUCAGUAGGAAUCCAAAUCAGACAUCCAAAAACUCGUAAAAUAUGAUGGGAUUGCUAGUUUAACUGAAGUACAUCUGCACCAAUGCAUGCCACUCGGACAACAACCAAGAGGAGUUGGAAGUCAUUGUGCAUAUGUUCUCAUCAGAGAAACAGUUCUGGGCUUCUCAGUGCAAGGGAGACAUUGAGGGGCUGGAGCAAGUCAAGAGAAGGGCAACAAAGCUGGUGAAGGGCCUGGAGAACAAGUUUUAUGAGGAGCAGCUGAAGGAGCUGGGGAAAUUUAACCUGGAGAAAAGGAGGCUCAAGGGACAUGAUCUGGCUCUCUACAAGAGAGGUUUAGUGAGGUGGAGAUAGAGCUCCCAAGUAACAACCUGAGAGGAAAUGGCCUCAAAUUGCACCAGAGGAGGUUUACAUUGGAUAUUAUGAAAAAAAUUCUUCACUAAAAGGGUUUUCAAGCACUGGAACAGGCUGACACAGGAAAGUGGUUAGGUCACCUUUGCUGGGGAUAUUUAAAAGACAUGUAGAUGUGGCACUAGAGGACAUGGUUUAGUGAUGAACUUGGCAUCUCUAGCUUUAGUUUGGACUUGAUGAUUUUAGAGGUUUUUCCCAACCUAAAUGGUUCUAUGAUUCCUUGGAUACAGUCAUCUUCCCAAACAUUUCACACAGAAGAGUUUGACACAGAAGAGAAAUCAUAUCCAGCUAUGGCCAAAAGUGCUUAAGAAAAAAAGAGUGGAAUUAAAUCUCAGAUGUUUAACUAUUCUGUUGAACCAUCCAGAAGUGAUCUUAUUCAUUCUGUUACAUUAACUACUGACCAGAAUACACUAAUACUAUUGAAUAGUUAGUAGAAUACUAAAAGGUGACCUCAGAGACUAAACAUAGCAAGAGUCUUGUUUCAGGCACCAAGCAUAGCUGACACUUCAAGGCUGUCAGGUAUAAAUGCAAGGCCUAGAGAAGAUCAGCAUUCGCUUGGAUUUUCAAGAUGCCACUGGACAGCUCUUUCAUUAAGCAUUUAGAUUAAACAUUGAACUUUUACUUUCUCAGUUAAUUCAUUUUAUGAUGUAAUUUCUUUUGUUGUUUCUGUCUAAGAUACUUAAUUAUUCAAUUGUAUUACUUAACUAAUUUAGGUAUUAUUAAAAUUUUACUAUGUUCUUAUCCUAAAUGGAUUCAGUAGUUUUAAUAUUGUUUCAUCUCCACAGUACUUGAAAUACUUCCCAAAUGCCAAGUAGUCUAUUUAACCAUGUCAGUAUUUUUAUGCAUAUACAAAGACACCCCUUGUGAGAAACACUUAUUCUAGGAAUAUUAUGUCAUACAACUUUUAUAUUAACAACCUUCUCUGCUACUGACUCUAAUCCCACUAAUAACAUUUUGAAUAGAUUCCAUCAUUGUCUGUGUCUCUUGCUACACCUGAGAAGGCAUUUGAUCUCAUACAAUAUGUAGCACUUGCUAUUGUUCUAAAAAUUCCCUCUAUUGGGUUUUCUGUGUGAACGGUUUCUGAAAAUUAUGAUGGUUGAAUUUGUCGUCAAGUCAGUCAUUCUGAGAAAGCUCAUAAAAUCCCAAGAGACUUGCAAAGAACAAUCAAUCCCUACAUCAGGAAGCAAAAAGGAAGUGCCAACCCAGUGGAAAUUUAUUUAUGACAUGUUUGAAGUCUGUUGAAAUAACAAAACGCUGGACUUAACCAUCAAACAGGGCAUAUACAAAGGCAAUGAAAUUAAAUCUUAUUUUCAACAAGGGAAUGGUAUUCAAGUAACUAUUAAAAACUUGAUUUUUUUUUUUAAGUCACUCCUGGAAAAGGUAAAACAAAAAGGUAAAAGUGAUCAUCUAUGUUACAUUAGGCAUCAGUGAGAAAUUUUCCUUGAACUAUAUCCUUGCAGGAAAUUGGCUAAAUGUAGCCCCUUGGCGCCAAGGAGGUCAUGAGCUCUGCGUCAGUGCUAAUUCAUUUUUUCUGACCGCAUUGUGUUGGGAAAUCCUGAUUCCCAGUGCUGAAGUGUAAAAGAAAACUUUGAACUCUAUGGGAUUAUGCAUAUAAUAUGCCAAACAUUAAUGAAAUUUCAUUUCCUUAUACAUGCAAGGAGUGUAUUUACGCAGAAAAUGUUCCACAUAUCAGUAAUUAUUUUCUUUUGCAAAAGUUUCAGACAGUUUUCUCUUCUGAAAUGAAAAUUGUAUUUGGAAUUAAUAUACUUAAUAAAAUGCAGGUUUUUUCUGUUAUUUUUUUGUCUCUGGAGAUUUAACCGUAAUUACCCAAAUUAAAACAUUCUUAAAGCAAAAAUAGCCUGUAACCACCUUUCAAGAAUCUGU